GAUAUAAGUUCUGAAAAUGUUCUAUUUAAAGGUGGAAACCACCGUAAAUCUCUUGUCGAGAAUCUCGAUGAAAGCCUUAAACGACUGAACACUGGAUAUGUUGAUAUCAUGUAUGUUCACGCUUGGGAAUUUCGUACUCCUAUUGAAGAAAUAAUGCGUUCUUUAGAUGAUGCUGUCAGAAGUGGCAAGGUUCAUUUUGAUUAUUUUAUGGAUAGUUUCUUAACUGGAAAGUACACUAAAGAUUCAGAUACAAGUAUAGGAAAAAUUGGUGGACGUAGUCAUUCGGUUACUAACUCAGCAAGUAAUGAAAGAAAUUGGGAAAUUCUUGAUGAAGUUAAAGCUAUUGCUUCUGAAAUCAAUAAAAGCCCUGCUCAGGUCGCUUUAAAUUGGAUCUCACAAAAACCUAGCAUUACUUCGCCUCUUAUCGGUGUCAAAACAAAAGCUCAAUUAGAAGAUAAUCUUAAAGCCCUUGAAUUCAAAUUAGAUGCUGUUUCGUCACCGAAAGAUAUACCAUUUCCUUAUAACUUUUUCGCAAAAACUGAUUAUUAUAUUGGAAAAAAUAUCCAGCACCUUGAAAAGUUUAAACCUGUGUUAAACAUGAGCACAGAAUUGUGA